AUGCCGCAGCCCUGGACAAUUUUGAAGCAUCUGAGAUGCGCCAGUCCGUCCGGUCACUUCUUCUUCAUGCAAUGCAGAGUAUGUGGACAGCAACCAACUCAGCCUGUCGGAGAAUUAGUGUCACCGUCAGCCCAGUUUGCAGACUUUAAACGGUACAUUUGUGUAACAUGUAUCCGUGAAUUUUCUGUGGUUCAAUCCGCGGACUUUUUAGGAGGUUCGUACGUCAGCGACAUCGAGAUUUCAAUGACCUCGACUGUCAAAUGUACGAGCACGAGACGAGAUAUGAAACUUAUGCAUCAGGAAUCAUGGUCGCUAGACUUUGAAGAAAAAGGAGAGGAACAUAGAAAAGGCGGCUAG